AGGUUUCUGUAGUAGUCUGGAAACUUGCCCCCCUGCUUGCGGCUUAGAUCAUCAGCCCUCCCUGUGGGCGGGGACAAGGCUGCUGUAUGGUUCGGUUGAGUCUCGCUGCGUGCGUCUAUAACUUUGUGUUGCUUGCUGCUGCUGGUGGAUAGGAGAAGGAAUGUGGAAGUCAGUAGAGUGCAGGGUGACAGGCUGGUCGGGCGAGCUGCAGCAGCAGCAGCAUUAUUUCUCUCUAGCAGAUCAUUUGCUUUUUCCCUUCUGUUUACAGAGGUAUCGUGCGAUUUUUUGCUUUCUCCUCCUUUGCCUUUAAAGGGAAGGCGACGAGAAGCUGAAGACGCAGCAGCAGGAAAACCAGGAAACCAUGCACCAGCGCUGCUUUUUCCUCCUGUGAAUCUGGAUCUUUAUUUUUGCGGAGAGGGUAGAGGUUGCUGCUGGUUCUUCCGCCUUCCGUCCUUCCCCUGCCUAUGUGUCUUUCUCUGUCUCUUUUGCCAGUGUUUUUUAAAUGACUUGAGCGAAGGGGGGGAAAAACUGUCAAGAUGGCAGCAGCAGGAGCAAGGAGGUUAUGAAUGUGGUGUUGAUGCUGGAACAAAACCCAUCCUCUUGGCAGCCCUACGGAGGGCUUAAAGCUUCUGGACCUGUUGGAAGACUGGUGAUUUGAUUUGUUUUUGUUUUGCUUUCUUCGCCAGAAGGGUAAAAAAUCCAGAGUGGCGUUUUCUUCCCCUGCUCGGUUGUUUGUGAAAUUUAGUUUUGUAUAUAGAGAUCUAUAUAUUUUUUGCAAAGUGGAAUGCAUAACUACGGCAAAUGCUAGUGUGCAAUUGGAGGUACAUUAAGACUUCAGCUCCCUUUGGGGCGUUUUGAAGGAGGAAAGUCGUCAAUGUAAUUUGAAGGACCCCUCUCUCUUUUCCCCGGACAGAGAGAGAGGAAAAGGAAAACGGCUAGCAGAGCAGCCGGGAGCAGGCUUGGUGGUGUUGGACGGGUCUCUCGAUGGAUACAGCGUGAUUGCCAGUGGAGCACUUCUGCAGCUGCAUGGAGUGAAACAUAAACAAACACACACCACUGAGCUGCACCAACCCCACUGCGUUUGGGCUGCUGUUGGCGCCAUCCCCCCACCAAUCGGGAUCCAGAAGCGCAUCUGGAACCUCUGGCCUCGCCUGAUCCCUUAUUGAUCGCCUUGUGAUUAUUAGUAGUAUUGUGUGUGUGUGUGCACAGUCUGCUGGGAGAGGGGGCGGGGGAAGACAGGCGGCUGCAGGACUUUAAUGGAGAGUGGCAUGUUCGCUCGCUCCCCCCUGCCUGGUAGGCACUGAUCCGCAGCGGCAGGAGGAGGAUUGGGGUCCGGACCUGUCUAUCCCAUCGCAGCACCAGGAGGAGCAGCAGCAGCAGCGGGAGGAGGGGAAGCCAAGAUGGCAGAGGCAUCUCCCCCUGCCCCCCUCUCCCCCCUGGACGUGGAGCUGGACCCUGAGUUCGAGCCCCAGAGCCGGCCCCGCUCCUGCACUUGGCCCCUACAGAGGCCUGAGUUGCAGGCGAGCCCGGCCAAGCCCUCGGGGGAAGCGGCUGCGGACGCCGCCUCCAUGAUCCCCGAGGAGGACGACGACGAGGAGGAAGGGGGCAGCUCGCCCAUGGCCAUCGGCAGUGCAGUCCCCGGCGGCGGCGGAGGGGAAGCGCUGGCCCCGGAGGAGGCGGCCCGGCUGCUGGCCCCGCUGGCCGGGAUCGGGACGGAGGGCUCGGGCCAGGCCCCCGGGGCAGCGGCCGCUGGGGGCAGCGGGCUGAGCGGGGGGCAGCCGGCGGCGGCGCCGCGGAAAUGCUCGUCCCGGCGGAACGCGUGGGGCAACCUGUCCUACGCCGACCUGAUCACCCGCGCCAUCCAGAGCGCCCCGGACAAGCGGCUCACGCUGUCCCAGAUCUACGACUGGAUGGUGCGCUGCGUGCCCUACUUCAAGGAUAAGGGCGACAGCAACAGCUCGGCCGGCUGGAAGAACUCAAUCCGGCAUAAUUUGUCACUUCACAGUCGAUUCAUCAGGGUACAGAAUGAAGGAACUGGGAAAAGCUCUUGGUGGAUGAUUAAUCCAGAUGGUGGAAAAGGUGGGAAGCCCCCACGAAGACGCGCUGUUUCAAUGGACAAUAGCAACAAAUACACAAAGAGCAGAGGCCGAGCAGCUAAGAAAAAGGCAGCCCUGCAAGCUGCACAAGAAGCUACCGAGGACAGCCCAUCUCAACUUUCCAAGUGGCCAGGGAGCCCAACUUCCCGCAGCAGUGAUGAGCUGGAUGCUUGGACAGAUUUCCGCUCUCGUACAAAUUCAAAUGCCAGUACAAUAAGUGGCCGUUUGUCACCGAUAUUGGCGAGUACCGAACUAGAUGACGUUCAGGAUGAUGAUGCUCCACUUUCUCCAAUGCUGUACAAUAGUCCAUCAAGCAUGUCCCCAUCAGUAAAUAAACCGUGUACUGUUGAGUUGCCUAGGUUGACUGAUAUGGCAGGCACAAUGAACUUGAAUGAUGGACUGACAGAUAACCUCAUCAUGGAUGAUCUUUUGGACAAUAUAACGCUUCCCUCUCCCCAGCAGUCACCAUCAGGGGGGCUCAUGCAAAGAAGCUCCAGUUUUCCGUAUGGUUCCAAAGGUUCCGGACUUGGUUCUCCAUCAAGUAAUUUCAACAGUGCUGUGUUUGGACCAUCAUCUCUGAAUUCCCUUCGUCAGUCUCCCAUGCAAACCAUUCAAGAGAAUAAGCAAGCUACCUUUUCUUCCAUUUCUCAUUAUAACAACCAGACGCUGCAGGAUCUGCUAGCAUCUGAGUCACUUAGUCACAGUGAUGUCAUGAUGACGCAGUCUGAUCCACUCAUGUCUCAAGCCAGCACUGCUGUAUCUGCCCAGAAUUCACGCAGGAGUAUCAUGCUUCGUAGUGAUCCAAUGAUGUCAUUUGCUGCUCAGUCCAACCAGGGAAGUUUGGUCAAUCAGAACCUGCUCCACCACCAGCAUCAAUCUCAGAAUUCUUCUCUUGGUGGCAGUCGUGCCUUGUCAAAUUCCAUCAGUAACAUGGGCUUAAAUGAUACGAACAACUUGGGGUCGGCCAAACACCAGCAGCAGUCACCCAUCAAUCAGUCUAUGCAAACCCUUUCUGACUCGCUCUCAGGCUCUUUGUAUUCCACUAGUGUGAACCUUCCAGUCAUGGGGCAUGAUAAAUUCCCAAGCGAUUUGGACCUGGAUAUUUUCAAUGGAAGCUUGGAAUGUGACAUGGAGUCCAUUAUCCGCAGUGAACUCAUGGAUGCAGAUGGGUUGGAUUUUAACUUCGAUUCCCUCAUCUCAGCUCAGAACGUUGUCAGUCUGAAUGUGGGGAGCUUCACUGGUGCUAAGCAGGCUUCGUCACAGAGUUGGGUGCCAGGCUGAUGGAUUUUUGAGAAAAGGGGAAAUGGGCAAAGCAGGCCCUUAAACUGACACGAGACCUAAAGAGAGAACCCUUUGCCAAAUCUGCUGUCAGCAAGUGGACAGUGAUACCGUUUACAGC